GCGCUGAGGGGCGGCGGCGGGAAGCGGGGCGGGCACCGGCGGCGGCAGCAGCGCGGUGGGCUCCGUCCCUCUGCCCGCCCCGGGCCCUCGGGCAGCCCGUCCCGUCCCGGGGCGGCGGCGGGGCCCUUAGGGCUGUGCUGGCUCAGCGGUGAGCCCGCUCUCCUCGCCGCCCCGGGCACAGUAAGGGAAGAGGAGCUCGGUUUCCUGAGGUAGAGGUUUUUGCCUCAGUCCUCUUCUCCAGAGGAAGGUCUGUUGCUUACUGUUGGACUUCGAGAGACUUAAUCUGUGAAGAUAAUUAAAGUACCUUUGCUCUGAAUGCUAGUCUUUUAUUGGACAUUUCAAGGAGGACGAAUAAUUUUGACACCUUAGAACGUAUCAAGUAUUCAAAAGCAGACACACCCCAUGAAGCUCAAAGUGUAGAAAACCUCUGGUCAGCUCUAGAUGCUAGAGAAAGAUGGGACUCCGUAGCUAAAUAGCUUGAUGAUGGCCCCACUACCAAAUGCUGAGUUAGUUCAGAACUCUUUGCAGUUAUAUCGUUACCUGCUUCGAUGCUGUAAGCAACUUCCCGAAGAGAAUAUUCGUCAGCAUUACAGACAUGCAGUCAGGCAGAGUUUCAAAGUUCAUGCUGAUGAAGAUGAUCCUGAGCGAAUCCAGCAGAUCAUUAAGAGAGCCAUUGAAGAUGCUGACUGGGUCAUGAAUAAAUAUAAAACGCAGAAGUAGAAGAGGAAUGAUGAAGACAAGAAUGGCAUUGGUAAACAUCCUUAGAGGACAUGCAGUCAAGCCCAAUACUAUAUUAUAGUUAUUGCCUGGUGUUUUCUUUUAGAUAAUACAAAUACAGUAAUUUAUAUCUCAUUGGGAUGUCACGAGGCUAAAAUAAUAUUUCUGAAGCUUUUUGAGUCUCUAGAUUAAAAGGCACCGUCUAGGUUCAGAGUAUUAGCUUGCAUAAUCACUAACUUUAGCUUAAAGGCCAAACUUGUCUAAGUAACACAUAGCUUCUCAGGAAAACUUAGAAUAAAAAUACAAUGGAGUACAAAUCAUUAACAAAUAACAAAUAGUGCCCAGUCUCUCACUCAUAUCUGAAUUACAGUGUCUCAUCUGAAAGAAUUUAACUAGUAUCUGAGCAUAAAGAUCUCUACUGGGAGCCUGCAAACCUGAGAGAUUAACAUUGAGGAUCAGAGCAAAUUUCUCUUUACUUAAUUGUGGACUAGAUUGUACUGUUAGGCCUAGAUCCACUGUAGCACAGCAGUGUUUGAUACACUUAUGGUGCAGAUUAUUUGGAGGCAAAGUUCUUCUGCAUAAGUAACGGUGGAUUUAAGCUUGUGUUUGUGUGAUGUUCUGAAUUAUGGUAGUCAGUCUGUUAUGUCGGAGCACCUUCUCUAGAACCACAGAUACGCUUUCAGAGUGAAGCAGAGGUAUGACCAGAGCACAGGCCUGGCUUUUAUCUAGCAGCAGACACAAAAGCAUAGGCUACUGAGUGGAGAGCAUACCCAUGAGAACUUUAAGCCCAUCUGAAGCUUGAACCACACUAUUUUCCACUUGCCUGUCUGUGCUACGGGCAUAUUUUCCUUCUACUCUGUAGGUUUGCACUUGAACUAACGGUUGCCUUUUCUUAUUUAAAGAUAGGUGCCUGUCAUGUAAUCUCAAAACUCUCAAGGACAGGGACACCAUUCAGAUGGGGUAUGUGCACGGAAUGGUAUAAUCACUGAAAUGUGCAAUGUUGUACAGAUAUAAAGGCCUUCACAACUUCUUGCAACAUAUAAUAAAUGACCUUUAAAAAUGGGA